UGUGAGAAUGAGAUUUUAGUUAUUAUCAAAGAAAUUAAAUUAUUAACAAUAGUACAUAUAUCUUUAAUUGUUUCUUUCAAACGUUAGGCGAUUUAAAUAUUAUUAUUAACCCUUAAGUAGCAUGAUAGGAUAAGAUUCGACCUUGUCAAAGUUAAAUACUUAAUUUUUCUACUCAAAGAUAGUUAUAGGCUAAUAAUAAUAUAUUGUUACUACGAAUAUUGCAAAGAAAGAAGGAGAAAAUUAUUAAAAUUCACAUUAAUAAAUAUUAGUUGUAUAUAAUUCAAAGUAACAAAUAAAUUCUGUACAUUCUGUGUACCGUACAUGACUAUGGGAAGAUGCUCUCUUUUGUCACUAAUUCGUACAUACAAAUUACCUAAGAAAAGAUACAGUUACAUUUGUGGUACAAAAUCAUAUUUAUUUCAAGGUGCUUUCAUACCACUACCUGUACUUCGGUUAAAUAGAUAGUUCAGAAGUCACAGACUUUUGUUUCAAUGUCAGCAAAUAUGGCUUCAAGCAAUGUUGAAAAUCUGGCACAAAAGAUGAAUCGACUAACUUUGGAAAAGUCACCUUAUUUACUACAGCACGCUAAGAACCCAGUGGAUUGGUAUCCAUGGUGCACAGAAGCGUUAGAAAAAGCAAAGAAGGAAGACAAAUUAAUUUUUUUAUCUGUUGGAUAUUCUACUUGCCACUGGUGUCAUGUUAUGGAAAAAGAAUCAUUCAAAAAUGAAGAAAUUGCUGGUAUUAUGAAUAAAAAUUUUGUUAAUAUAAAAGUAGAUAAAGAAGAAAGACCAGAUAUAGAUAGGAUAUAUAUGACUUUUGUACAAGCAACGACUGGUCAUGGGGGAUGGCCAAUGAGUGUAUUUCUAACUCCUGAUUUAAGACCUGUAGUUGGAGGUACUUAUUUUCCUCCAGAAGAUACAUUUAGACAAACAGGAUUCAAGACAAUUUUACUCAAUAUUGCUCAAAAGUGGAAUUCACUCAAAACCAAAAUUACAGAAGUUGGCUCUGCUAACUUCGAAACUUUACAAACCAUUUCUAAAAUUCCACAAACAUCAAAGAAACACGAAGUACCUUCGUUAGAAUGUAGUGAUCUAUGUGUUCAACAACUAACGAGUGAAUUUGAACCAAAAUUCGGUGGAUUUGGUUCUUCAUACAGUAUGCAGGCACCAAAAUUUCCACAACCAGUGAAUUUGAAUCUCUUGUUUCAUAUGUAUGCUCGACGAUCCAGUGAAGAGAUAGCACAGCAUUGUCAAUAUAUGGCUAUACAUACUUUAAAGAAAAUGUCUUAUGGUGGUAUUCAUGAUCAUGUAGGUCAGGGCUUUUCAAGAUACUCUACUGAUGGUGAUUGGCACGUACCCCAUUUUGAAAAAAUGUUAUAUGAUCAGGGUCAAAUAAUGAAGUCUUAUGCGGAUGCAUAUCUUGCAACUAAAGAUAAUGAUUUUGCUGAAAUUAUUGAUGACAUUGCCACAUAUGUGAUAAGGGAUCUCCGACAUCCGGAAGGUGGCUUUUACAGUGCUGAAGAUGCAGAUUCCUAUCCAACACACGAUGGACAUGCAAAAAAAGAGGGUGCUUUUUACGUGUGGACUGCUAAGGAAAUUAAAUCACUUUUAGAUAAAGAAAUUUCUGAUGAAAAGCAUAUUAAAUUGUCUGAUGUAUUUUGUUAUCAUUUCAAUGUAAAGGAAUCGGGAAACGUAAAACCGUAUCAAGAUCCACAUGGAGAAUUGACAGGGAAAAAUGUAUUAAUAGUAUACAAUGGAAUUGAAGAAACGGCCAAGCAUUUUGAUUGUACCGUUGAAGAAAUAAAAGAUUAUUUGAAAGAAGCAUGUUCCAUUUUAUACGAAGCUAGAUUGGCGAGGCCGCGACCUCAUUUAGACGACAAAAUUAUUACAGCGUGGAAUGGUCUUAUGAUAAGCGGUCUAGCGUAUGGCGGAGCAGUAGUAGAAAAUAAGCAGUAUGUCGAGUACGCGGCAGAUGCCGCGAAAUUUAUCAAGCGUUACCUUUUCGAUGAGGCUAAAAAUAUACUACUUCACAGUUGUUACCGGAACACUGAAAACCAAAUUACGCAAAUGAGCACACCUAUACCUGGUUUCUUAGACGAUUAUGCGUUCGUUGUAAAAGGACUGUUGGAUUUAUACGAAUCUAGUUUAAAUGAACAAUGGCUAGAAUUUGCCGAGAAGUUACAGGACAUACAGGACAAACUAUUUUGGGAUGAAAUAAAUGGUGGAUAUUUUACAACAACGUCAGAUGAUCCUAGUAUAAUUGUAAGACUUAAGGAAGCUUAUGAUGGAGCAGAACCAUCCGGUAAUUCAGUUGCUGCCGAAAAUCUCUUGAGAUUAGCUGACUACUUGGGUCGUAGCGACCUCAAGGAUAAAGUUACACGUCUCUUUGGAGCAUUUAGACACUUGUUAACGCAAAGACCUAUCGCAGUUCCGCAAUUAGUAUCAGCGCUUGUUCGUUAUCACGACGAUGCAACACAGAUUUAUAUAAUCGGAAAGCGAGAUGCUGAGGAUACCGAUGAUUUACUUCGCGUUGUAUAUAAGCGCCUGAUUCCUGGAAGAAUUCUUUUCUUAAUUGAUCAUGAUGAAACAAAUAGUAUAUUACUUGGUAAAAAUCAGCAUCUUAGAAAUAUGAAGCUUGUGAAUGAUCGAGCAACAGCCUACGUAUGUAAACAUCGCUCUUGUACUUUACCUGUUACAAAUUCUCAACAAUUAACUGCGUUAUUAGAUAAACAGCAAUAAAAAAAA